AUGGCACCAUCCUUCAAAUCCCUCCUCCGCCUCCUCCCCUUCACCCAGACACCCCUCUCCACCUCCACCUCUCCCUCGACAACAACAAUCUCCGUAACACCCUACGAACCCCUCUCCGGCGCGCCGACCUGCCCGAUCGACGGCCCCACGAGCUGCCACACCCCCGGCGGCGCCGUCGACUCGUGCUGCUUCGUCGCGCCUUCCGGCCGGAUCCUGCUCACGCAGUUCUGGGACGACGCGGUGCACGCGGGCGGGGCGGAGGAGGAUUGGACUGUUCACGGAUUAUGGCCCGAUUUGUGUGAUGGGAGCUACAAGGCUUUCUGCGGCAUGACGCCGCAUUUCAACAACAUCACGGAUAUCCUGAAGCACUACGGCCAGGACGAUUUGCUGGCCUCGAUGGAGAGGUACUGGGUCGCGGCGUACGGCGGGAACAACCAUCUCUGGGCGCACGAAUACAACAAGCACGCCUCGUGCAUCAACACCCUGGCGACGUCGUGCUACGGCGACUCGUACGACGCGGGCGUCGAGGUCGUGGACUACUUCACCCGCGCCUUCGCCCUGUUCAAGCAGCUCGACACCUUCACGGCGCUCGAGAAGGCCGGCAUCGUGCCCUCGCGCGAGAAGAAGUACGCCCUCGCCGACGUGACCAAGACGCUCGAGAGGCUGAGCGGGGGGAGGGUGGUGCUCCGGUGUUCGGGGCGCGGGAGGGAUGUGCUCCACGAGGCGUGGUACAGCUACUACCUCAAGGGCAGUCUGCAGACUGGACAGUUCGUUCCUGCGAGCGAGCUUGGGGAGCACGGGGAUGCGAACAACUGCGCGGCGACUGUGAGAUAUGUCCCGAAGAGGUGCAAGGGCAACUGCCAGGCCUCGUAUGGGUCGGUUGAGGACUUGUAA